CAUGAGAGGAGCUCAGCCGAGAGCAGGCACAGCUUCCUGGAUGUAAAGAAACAACACGCAGGAGCAGCAGACGCACACGCACUCUCACUCACGCGCGCGCGCACACAGAUAGGAAGCUUAAACGUGUUUUUUUUUUUUGUUUUACAUUAAGGCCGGUGUGUGUUUGUAUGUCUGUGUUUUGUGUGUGUGACACACAGAGAGAGAGAGAGAGAGAGAGAGAGAGAGAGAGAGAGAGAGAGAGAGAGAGAUAAGCGGGCGACAGUAGAAGGUUAACAGCAGACUGUAUGUGGCCACAGUGAGAGCACUGCGGCUGUGGAUCUGGACUCGGGCAGCUUCUCCACCUAGAGAACCUAGGCAGGAACAUGGAGGCCGUAGCUGUUCUCCGACACCAACAGAAGGGCUAAGAGAAGACCUGAUUCCUUGCGUUGCCCUACCAUGUCCAGCAGGAGUCCCACACUGAUCCGGAAAAAACAGGAUUCGACACCCGGGACCCCCGAGACCCCCGAGGCCAGCGCCGAACCCAUCCACCCGGGGCCCGAUGCCUACUGCAAGCUGUGCCUCAGCGAGCAGCAGUCGGCGGCCACCAGGGAGCUGCAGGGCUGCGACUGUGUCUUCUGCACAGCGUGUUUGGAGCAGUAUGUUCAGCUGGCCAUCAUGGAGGGUGGGGGGGCACCCAUCACCUGCCCAGAUAUGGCCUGCCUAAAAACCGGAGUGCUAUUCGACUCUGAGAUCGCUAGCUUGGCCCCAGAAGACCAGCUGGAGCUGUACCAACGUCUGAAGUUCGAGCGAGGAGUGAAGCUGGACCCCAGUAAAGCCUGGUGCCCGGUGCUUGAAUGCCAGGCGAUGUGCAGUGUGCAGCUGAGCACUGAGGGCCAGCCCAACGCCGUGCCCUGCCUGACCUGUCACGCCAUCUUCUGCUCUGGGUGCAGAGGGCCAUGGCAGGACGGCCACACCUGCCCGGAGCACCAGCCCAUGAUGGCGCCUUCGCCCUCUCGUGAAAGCAGCGACUCUGACAUGCCCAUCAAGCAGUGCCCGAUGUGUGGUAUCUACAUCGAGAGGAACCAGGGCUGUGCACAGAUGCUGUGCAAGAGCUGCAAACACACCUUCUGCUGGUACUGUCUGCAUAAUCUGGAUGGGGAUAUCUUCCUCAGGCAUUAUGACAGGGGUCCGUGCAGAAACAAGCUGGGACACUCCAGGGCCUCGGUGAUGUGGAACAGAACGCAGGUGGUGGGUAUCCUGGUUGGGGUUAGCAUCAUCGUGCUGGUGACGUCUCCGCUCCUUUUGCUGGCCUCGCCGUGCAUCCUGUGCUGCGUCUGCAAGCCCUGCAGCGGGAAGAAGAAGAAGAAGAGGACGAAGAUCAGGAUGACAAAGAAGGACCAGCCAGACUCCUCCACGUCAUAGCAGCUUUCUCAUCAGCCCAACCCAGGAUGGAGUACUUUUUCACGACUCGACAGACUGGAAGCCUCAGAAAUAUUGUUGAGCUCAAAAGGACCUGCACCUCGAAGAUUUACAAGAGUAAGAGAAUGAAUGUAACUCACCCAGUCGUUUUCAGAUGGACAGACAGACAGGCAGUAAGGAGACAACGACGGCUGUGAGACAGGACAGGGCGUCUGUUCUCUAACACACACACGCACACACAGUUCAAAGUGCAAUGCCGCCCUCAUGUGCCGAACGUCAUGAUGCCAAACCAGAAGUGUUAGGUGCUCAAGUGCCUCACUCUACAGUGCCUGGUGCUUGUUUGUAUUUGUUUUGCCUUCCAUUCUAUCUUUAUCUUAUGCAAACAUGUUAGCAUUACUAAAAUGGAUAGGGUUUAUGGAUCCCUUAAAACAAUGCAAAGCAUUCUUUUAUAAUGGGAGAAGGCAAACGGUGGUGUGUGUGUGCACCGAUAUGAAAUAUGAUUGGGCUCCAAUGGUGAACAGAGACUUUUUUCUUCUAGCAAACGUUUGUUGCGUCCACCUCUGGCAUACGCUCCAGACCAAAGGCUUCUAAAGGGUAAUGUGUACUUUUCUAUGGUGUGUUAAUGUGUAUUUAUGGGUUACGUGUGUAUGGUAUCCUGUUAUCAUUUCUACAUUUCUGUUGAUGUUUCUGCAUCAGAUAUUUUAUAAAAGCGCCAUUGUAAUUGAAAUAAACACACUGCAUUGAACGUGCAUCAGAGGGUA